AUGAGUCUUGAGCCUGGUACAGCGCUGCCGAAUACAGUCGCGCGGCCAAAUUCAUUACCACCCUGUCCGCGGUCAAGGCCUGUUGCUGGCUUGCACGACUGGUACACCAUUCGGGACAUGUCAUUUCUGAAUUUUUGCCCCUCAUGCAUGGGCUUUCUUGGGUCUACCCGCUUCCGAGACUACUUCAUCCCAAGCUUCCAGAAAGAUCCUCGCCAGCCAAUAAUUUGUGCGAUGAGCCACCCUUGGCUGCGUGUCGCGUGGCUUCAGUCGAUAAAGCAAGACAGGAAGGAUCUAGGUCUCAUCUGGCACAUUGCUCACGGUCCACCAGCGGGAACGAAGCCCUGCUCUGGCACGAAGAGUGACCUAAGAAGGUGGUAUCAUCUGACAGACCCCAGAACGAAAAGAGCAGUGGACAACUUCGAUAUAUGUUCCGCGUGCGUCAGAAAUAUCGACCUGAUCUUCCCUAACCUCCAGUUCUGCGUUUUCGACCGACCGCAAGACAAGAAGGAGGUCGAGAAGAUUUGCAAUCUGAAUACUCACAGUCGGCACUUCCUACCUAUCCUGAACGAAUUGGAGAGGCUGUCAGAGCGGUCGAAGGAUUCCAUCAGGCACAGAGAUUUUCAAGACUUUGUGGACUACAUCCGACGCAUUUCGCGCAAUCGGCAAUGCGUAAAGGAUACGUUGCUGGCAACUCAGUCAUGGCAUUUCCACCCUGAAAUCCCUGAGCUCACGAUUUGCGAGGAAUGUUAUGAAGAGGUGGUUUGGCCACUGCGCGAUCGGUCUAUCGCACACGACGUGUCCAAAACGCUGAAGCUUGUGCCUGCACUACGCAAAAGCUCACUCCUUCCCGGCACAAGUUGUCAACUGUACAGUGAACGCAUGAGACGAGUCUUUCGCGAUGCUGUAAGCAGGAACAAUCUGGAGAGUCUGAAACAAACGGCGCAAUACCGGUAUCACAUGGAGCACCGGCUGCAGGAGAUGCACAAAUUGUAUGAAAUGGAUCAGCUGGCGGGGAUUGAUCGGAGGCAUGAGAUUGAGAAGAACAUCUCUAUCUGGAAGUCCAUUGAGUAA